AUUUCCCGUGCGCGGCCCGGCCGCCGCUUCCUUUCCCCCGCCGUCCCGGGCCACGAGCGCUCCCGUCGCCGCGUCCUUGGCAGGCGAGGCCCGAGGAAAAAUGAGGAGCGGGAAGGCCUCCUGUGCCCUGGAGACGGUCUGGGAGGACAAGCAGCAGUACGGGGAAGCCGAGCGGCGUUGCUACGAGCAGGAGGCCACACGAGCCGCCGCCACCCAGCAGCUCCCGGCGGAGGGGCCAGCCGUGAACGGGCCAGGGCAGGAGGAGGCCAAGGACGCCGAGGAGGCAGGUGCCCCCGACAGCAGCGGCACGAGUGACCCCAGGAAGAGCCUGGACAGAAAGAAGCUGCCGCAGAAGAAGAGGAAGCGCUCCCCCAAGAGCGGUCUGGGCCAGGCCGACCUGGCCCUGGUGGGCCUCUCCGCUGACCGCGUGUGGCUGGACAAGCCUGUGUUUGACCAGGCGGAGAGCUCCUACCGCCAGAGGCUGGCGGCCGCCCAGCCAGCCGCCCUGGGCCGCCGGGGCCCCUGCGCGCACGGAAGCCAGGUGGCCUGCCACCACGUGACCUGGGGCGUCUGGGCCAAUAAGUCUGCCUUUGACCAGGCCGAGCGGGCGUUUGUGGAAUGGUCUCAGGCCCUGCUGCUGGCCGCCGAGGGGAGUGGCCGGCCCGGGGCUUCCGACACGGGCCAGCAGGCUGCCGCCCCCGACCUGGCGCCUGCCCACCAGCCCAGCCCACUGGCCGCCAGCCCGUCCCCACUGGGCAGCCUACAGGCGCUGGUGCGGGAGGUGUGGCUAGAGAAGCCCCAGUAUGAUGCAGCCGAGAGGGGCUUCUACGAAGCCAUGUUUGACGGCCACCCCCCGGGGAAGGUGCGUCUGCAGGAGCGAGCGGGCCCGGCCGAAGGGGCCCGGCGGGGCCGCAGAGACCGGCGGGGCCGAAACACCAUGGGAAGCAAGCGGGUCGGGCCUCGGCGGGUCGACGGGGAGGCCUCGUCUGCUGUGCCCUACUGGUACUUCCUGCACCGGGACGCCGAGGCCCCCUGGCUCAGCAAGCCCGUCUAUGACAGCGCGGAGAGCCGCCACCACGCUGCCGAGGCCCUGCGCAUGGCCUGGCGCCUCGAGGCCGCAUCCCUGGCUCACCGACCUGGCGUCCGCUUGGGCCCGUCCAUGCCCAGCCUGAGACCCAACAGGAAAAUGGCCACAAACUUCCUAGUGCACGAGAAGAUCUGGUUUGACAAGUUCAAAUACGACGAUGCAGAAAGAAAAUUCUACGAGCAGAUGAACGGGCCUGUGGCGGGCACCUCGCACCAGGAGAAUGGCGCCAGCGUGAUCCUGCGAGACAUUGCGAGAGCCAGAGAGAACAUCCAGAAAUCCCUGGCCGGAAGCUCGGGCCCUGGGGCCUCCAGCGGACCCAGCGGGGAUCACAGUGAGCUUGCCGUCCGCAUUGCCAGCCUAGAAGUGGAGAAUCAGAGCCUGCGAGGAGUGGUGCAGGACCUGCAGCAGGCCAUUUGCCGGCUAGAGGCCCGGUUGAGCGCGCUGGAGAAGAGCUCCCCCACCCACCGGGCCAUAGCCCCACAGACCCAGCACGUGUCCCCCAUGCGCCAAGUGGAGCCCCCCGGCAGGAAGGCAGCUACUGCCGCGGAGGACGACGAGGACGAUGCCAUUGACCUGUUCGGCAGCGAUGAGGAAGAGGACCAGGAGGCCGCGCGGCUGCGGGAGGAAAGGCUGCGGCAGUACGCCGAGAGGAAGGCCAAGAAGCCUGCACUGGUGGCCAAGUCCUCCAUCCUCCUGGAUGUCAAGCCUUGGGAUGAUGAGACAGACAUGGCCCAGCUGGAGGCCUGCGUGCGCUCCAUCCGGUUGGACGGGCUGAUCUGGGGGGGCUCCAAGCUGGUGCCCGUGGGCUAUGGCAUCCGCAAGCUGCAGAUCCAGUGUGUGGUAGAGGACGACAGGGUGGGGACCGACCUGCUGGAGGAGGAGAUCACCAAGUUCGAGGAGCAUGUGCAGAGCGUCGACAUAGCUGCUUUCAACAAGAUCUGAGCGCGGGCUCCAGGCCCCACAGACAUUAAAAACUGAGAGCGCA